ACGUCGAGGGAUUCCCCCGCAGGCAGCAACCGUGGCCGACUUCGACUAUAUGACCGAGGGCGCCAUGUCCCUCAGCCCGACUGCAUCCGCCAUCUCCAACGGCUCUGACAACGGCCAGCCCAACAAGCGACGCCGCCAGAACGGCAGCGACGCCAACAUGGCGGCCCAUCUCAUGGGCGGGCCGGCGCCCCCACAGGGCAUGCCCCAGCAGCAGCUCUCGCCGUCGCAGCCCAACCAGUCCCACAUCCCCAAGCGCGGGGCUCGCGCCUGCACCGCCUGUCGCAAGGGAAAGAACAGAUGCGAGGGCGAGGCGCCCUGCAGACGCUGUCAGCUCAGUGGUACCCCUUGCGUGUUCGAGAAGCCAGAAAAGAAAUUGAAUCCGUUAAAUGGGCCCAGCGUCGAACGUCUUGCUCGUCUUGAGAACCAAUAUGUGGUUAUGCAAAGUCAGAUGAUCGGCCUGCAGACCUCCCUCGAUCGCAUCCUGCACGCCGUCCAAGGUGGCCCAGCGCCUCCCCCCGCCCCCGGCGCGCCCGGCAACAUGGCCCCGCCCGGUCCGCUCUUUCCCGCUCCCGCCCCGCCGCCCCGCGAUGGCCCGUACCCGCCGUCUCAUCCUCCCCGCAACGGCUUCGACAGCGACCGCCCUCGGGGCGACUUCCCGCCGCUGCCUGGCUUUGCGCCCCCGCCGCACAAGUACGCGACGUACGGGAUCGUGCCCAGCACGGCGCCAUCGUCGGAUGACGAGUCAGAGGAUACCCUGCCACGCGCCGCCCUGAACGCCCCUAUUGAGGCCCUCCAGGGUUUGGCUAAUGCUGCUGCUGAGGCCGCCGCUGUACCCUCUACUGCACAUCGUGUCAAGAAGCGCAAGCGCGCCGAACCCAUCCCGCGCAAUGCCUUUCCGCACGUAGUCGAAAAGGGCCUGGUUAGCGACCAGGAGGCACGCGAGCUGUACAACAUUUUUUUCUCGGGAUGUCAUCUCUUCAUCCCUCUCUUUGACCCCAUGUACGACACGUACGAAAGCUUGAUGGAACGUACGCCCUGGACCUUCGACGCCAUCCUGGCAGUCGCGGGCAAGAUUCGCAGCGGCAACGGUCCGCUGAGCCCGACCUUCUACAAAUGCCUGGAGGAGGCCCAAGGCAUCGCACGGUCCUCCCUCUUCGGGCCUGUUGUUCGCAAGGAAGCUGUACAAGGCAUGCUCCUGCUCGCUGCCUGGAGCACCAAUGGGUGGCUUCCCAGCGGCCACGCGAUGCGCAUGGCCCUCGAUCUUGGCCUCCAUCGUGCCCUCGAGAAGCUCGCGGACGAUAGCAAGAAGCGGACGGACGAGGAAGAACGCGACCUCGUGGUUUCAGCACGCAUCUGGCUUUGUCUCUAUUGGUUUGAUCAUCAGAUGAGCCUUGGAACGGGCCGCCCCAUCGUACUCCGGGACGAGAGCUCGAUCCGCCACUGCCGGUUGCUACUCAAGCAUCCUAUGGCCUCUCCGACGGACGUCCGCUUGGUAGCUUUGGUGGAGCUCGUUGCUCAGAAGACCCAAAUCUAUGAAACCUUGGCGCCGCUGAACGAGGUCAACCAUGCCACCUUGUCCUUCAUUCGUCGCGCGAAUGUGGCACUCGACAAAUGGUGGGAAGAGUGUAACGAGAUGCACCGCCAGAGCAUGGAUGAGCACUCGCUAUUGCACAAAAUCCUCGCCGGCGAGCUACAUUACGCCAAGCUCUGGCUCGUCUGCGUCGCCCUUCGCGGAGUUUCCUGGGACAAGAUGCCCUUCGAACAACGCGAGCUCGCCUUCUCUGCUAAGGACGCCGCCUCGACCUGCCUCCACAUCUUCCUCUCCUCGCCCGAGUAUCGCGCCGCCCUCCGCUAUGCCGUGCACGACUCGCUGGUUACCGCCGCCUUCUCUGGUCUUUUCCUGCUCAAGAUGGCAAACCUCUUCCCGGGCGAGCUCGACCUCGUGCAGAUCAUCAACCAGGUCGAGCAGCUUAGCCAACUGUUGAGCGACGUCGCUGCGGAGCGCUACGCGCUCACCCUGCGCAUCAUGCUCGCGAACCUGCGCCGAAAGGUCGGGAUGGCGGGUGGGGCGGCUCCUGCGCCACCGCCCGCGACGAUGCAGCCGCCGCAGUUCGCAGAGAACAUGAUAAUGAGCCCGACGUAUGUGGACCCGUCGCUGCCGCAGCCGUUUUCGAUGGAGGAGCUGGGGAUUGUGUGGCCGUCGGAGCGUGGUUUCUUCAGCCCAAGUGCGAUCCCGCCGUGGUUACAGGAGCAGAGUUUGACGGACUUGGGUCUGCCGGUCAACGGAUCGGAUGGGAUCUUCCUCAACAUGACUGGCACGAACGGAUGGACAGGCGACCAGGUACCCAUGCCCGAAGCGUGGUGAAGGCGCUAUGCGACUAACAUCCGUCAAGCGCACGACUGUUGUAUAGUGUGCAACUCCCGAAAAGAGAUACCCAAUUGGCCGCAAAAAUUCGCUGAAUGCGGACCAAAUGCUCGUGAGCCGCUUUUGUAUGUGUAUUCUAUCGUGUUUGAUCCUGUAUAUACGCAGCUUGUUGUCCCAGAUGAUAUUUCGACGUAUGUACUUAGGCUUGUAUGCCUGUUUGCUCUUGC